GAUUCGUCCUUGGGAAACAUUUCCAUCUGCCAAGCAGGAAGUCGCUGCUUUAGCAACAAAGCUGUACGCGACAUGCGACGAGUCAAGUCAAAUCAAAUCUCGCUCUCUCGCAUCGCCGCCGCGGCGGUUGCCAUGUCUCGCCGCCCCGCAAUGGCAUCGCGCGACUAGGGAGGGGGUAGAUCAUUCAGUGUUGCGAUGGAGACGGCACCUGUUGAUCGCGGUGGAGGCAAAAGAUGGAAAUUCAAAUCCGACGAGCGAAUCGGCCCUCCACGUGUAAGCGAGAAGUUGUUGUCGAAUUUGAAAGAAAAUCACCCGCGACCGGUCAGGUGUCUCACCCCGGACGGCGGGAAAUCUCCGAAGGUCUAUCUCCCGCCCGGCUCGCCUGUGUUGGAGGUGAAGUCGCGAUUUACCUUUGGAACGUCGACGGAAUGUUUACCGAACGGCGAUCAGCAGAUAACGGCGAAAGAAGGAUUGGUGCGGACCUCGUCAUUUCUAUCUCAACGCGGCGCCUUUCAUCUCAAUCUCAAUGAGUCCGCGAAUCUCCCGAAAAGUGUGCCCUUUGGUCGCAGUAGGAGAAUGUCGCGGUCUUUGCCGGAACUGCGGGACAUUCAGUUUGUUUCUGUUUUGCCCGAUUUGGAGGAGGAAGAAUCGGAAUCCUCCGAAUUUCAAGAAGAAAUCGUGUACGAAAAGCCUACUCGGGUGCCCUGGCAUAGGAAACUUGAUUUCUUGUGGUGCAGUGUCUGCCAAGCCCUUGGAUUGAGUAAUAUCUGGAGAUUCCCAUAUUAUUGUUACAGCAAUGGGGGUGGAUCAUUUGUGUUCCCAUACAUUGUAUUUAUGGUGGUUUGCAGUGUCCCUCUCCUCUGUAUGGAGCUAGCUGUGGGACAAGUCACACAAUCAGGACCUAUUUCAGCAUUUGGACAGCUUUGCCCACUAAUGAAAGGUAUAGGUGUUGCAAGCAUGAUGCUAUCAUUUUGGCUUACUGCCUAUUAUAGUGUGUUGACUUCGUGGACUAUGUUUUAUACUUUUAAUUCAUUUUAUUCCCCACCGAGAUGGACGAGAUGUACAAAUACAUGGAACAGUGAAAUAUGUCAUGAAUCUACAGAGUCUGUGUUACAAUCAACUGACUCAUCCAAGUCAACUUUACCACAGUUGACGAGUGAAUUACCUAAUCUGACAGAUGCCACGCUGACUUUGGUUACAUCAACUCUAGAACCUAUUUUAAACACAGAAGCUAAGUCAACUUUACAAAAUUCUAAAGAGCUGGAUCCUGAUAAAUUUAUGAGCUUAAACAUUUCACAUCCUGCAAUGGAGUUUUUAGAUGUUAAAAUGCUGGAUAAAAGCAAUAGUAUUGAAGAAUCUGGCGAACUUAGAUUUGAACUUUUAGCUUCUGUGCUCUUUGUUUGGAUACUAACCUACUUUGCUCUUCGAAAGACAGAUUUUUUUCGAGGAACUACCAUUUAUGUUUUAACAGUGACAUCACACCUGCUAUUGUUUAGUGUCUUUUUACGUACAGUUGCUUUAGAUGGGGCUAAAAAUGGCCUCAAACACUUGUUUGUAAUUGAUUGGGAUACCAUGUUGGAUCCAAGGGUGCUGUUAUAUUCUCUAGCUCAAGCAUUUCAUUCAUUGGGAGUAAUCUUGGGUCCAAGCAUUUUAAUGGGCUCUUGCCAUAAGCAGCAUAAUAAUCUCUUAAGGGAUACAAUUAUCUUAACGCUGGUUACAUUACUAACUGUUUUGCUAAUUGGGUGUGUGACUUUUGCUACAAUAGGACAUCUUGCUGAAAAGUUAAGGAAACCUUUUUGGAAAGUUCUAAAUGAUGAUCCAGGAAAUGUUUUUGUUAUUUAUUCAGUUGCUAUAGGAACUAUGCCUUUUCCUUCCUGUUGGGGUGCUCUAUUUUUCUUAACGCUCUUAUGCUUAGGCUUGGAUUCUGAGAUAAAAUUGGUGGCAACUUUAAUAUCUGCUUUAAAAGAAGCGUAUACAUACUAUAUAAAACAGAGAUUUCAAGGGCAUUCUAUGUUUUUAGCUGUGAUAUGUGGUUUUUGUUUUGUUGCUUCAAUACCUUAUUUGACUCAGGCUGGGAUAUUUUUCUUCCAACUUAUUGAUCAUUACAUUGCAGUUAUUGCUACAUGUGUUGUUGCAUUACUUGAAGUUAGUACCCUCAGUUGGCUCUAUGGUGCGAGUAAUCUUUCUUCUUGCAUACGGCAAAUGACCGGAAAGAGUCCAUCCUAUUUUUAUCAGUUUUCGUGGAUGAUAUUAAGUCCCCUUACUAUAUUGGCAACAUUGAUUUACAGCUUGAUAAAAAUGAGCGGAACUGUAGUUAGAAAAGGCUACCGCUAUCCUCCUUGGGCACAUGUAAUGGGAUGGAUUUUAGUUGGUCUUACUCUUUGUUGGAUUCCAUUCCUUGCAAUUGCAGCAUAUAGAAAGACUCCAAAAUCACAUUUAGUUAGUAGAUUAACUGCUGCAAUCCAGCCUCGGAUACGAAGUCAGUCUGAAUCCAUGUGGGAACCAAAACCAGUUAUUAUACUUAAUGGAUCAACAGUUACAGCUUCAGAAUUUCCUGAUUAUAAGCUGCCAGAAUUGCCAACAGUACUAAAUUCAGUACAAACAUAUGUAGAAAAACACUCAGCUUUGCGUCAAAAUGCCGAAAGUGCCUUUUAAGUGUAAUUUAUGGGUAUGCUUUUAAAUUUCAGUGAUUGCAUUUUUUAUGUAUUUAUUUUAAGUUUUUAUACCUAAAGAUGUGGUUUUAGAUGUUUUUAGAAAUGCUAUUAGCAAUGAGAGAUGUUUUAGAUUAUUUAUAGCUUUGUUUACAUAGAGUUACUUAGUUAAAAUAUCCAACAGCUAAUCAUAUAAAAUCCUGCAAUGUUAUGAAGAAAAAGUUAAAAAAUAUUAUUGACAUAAUGAAAUAUUAUGACCAAUUCAUGCAAUAGAUAUUAAUUAGCUACUCAAAGAAAUAGUUGUUAGUCAUAAAAAUAAAAUAAAGGUUAGCUGUAGUUAAAUGAUGGUGUCAAACAUCUCAUCAUAUAUUGCCAAAAGGCUGGUUGCUAAAUAUUAUUUUACUUUAUCAAUUAAUAACCUCAAUUCUAAUUUAAAAAAAUAGGUCUUGUCUGUGGCUGUCUCAUGUCCAGGAGACCCCAUAACACUACAGCCUUGAAAUUUGGUACAGAAUUAGUUCGGACUAUUCCCAGUGGUGACCAGCUUGGAGCGUUUUAAAUGAUUAGUUUUUUGAAAUUAAUAUUUUAAGCUGAAGCAUUGUAUGAAAUGCCUAAUUAGAGGCAAAGGAAUCUUUCAUGAAUUAAAUUUUCGUGAACACUCCUAUUUAAAUGAUUUAAAUUCUGUAGAAAUAAUAGUUCUGCUUGAAAUACAGUCUGAAAAUUCGUACACAAAUUUAAAAAUAGCAAUAUUUGAUACCCCAUCAUUCCUGUACCCAGUGGCGUAGCUAGGGAGGGGCAGUCAGCCUCGGGCGGUACUUUCACUUUUGAUGCGAAAAAAUUUAACACGUUGUUCUUCUGGAUUUCUCAGCAUUAUAUUGUUAGUUUUUUUCUCUUCCUUCAUCUAAAGCUACUGACUGAGAGCGGCGUCACAUUUUUUGGGAAGAGCAACCGAACCUUCCUAUCCCUUAACGUCACCAAACAGCUAAAAAGUGCAGUUUUAGGCCUUGAGUCUCGAAACAUUUCCAAGGGAUAACACCCACUCCAUCUUCUUACAUCUCAUCUACAUGAUUUUCAAAUAGUCCAAUAAGUAGUGGCAUAAGUUGAGCAACAGGUACAUCUUUAAUCUAAUGUUGCAAAAAUGUUUAUGUAUUGACACUAUAAGUUAUAAGUUGGUUCUUUAAAUCUGUGAUAAAUAUGUUAUGUAUAUAAGUGUAUUUAGAAGCAUUUAUAUUUUAAGUGUUUCCUAUCAAUAAAAUGUUUCAAUUUGUGUGA